UUUAGCAACCGUGAAAGAUGGCGGACUUGAAUCACCUGUCCAUGGUGGGACUAUUUGUCGCCCUGUUAUUUUUAACAUAUAGGGACAUAACCCAGUCCCAAGAGACCCAUUCAACAAUUAAUAAACAAAAGGACAUAAAGGCACCAAAUCUGGUACAUUUUGCUGGUCCCACACUCAAAUUUUUGUAUUGUGUUUCCUGAGGGUAUAAGAAGGCCUUUGACCAAUAUGCAGAGGCCAUUCACCAGAGAUUUCCUAGCUUGACGAUAGAAGGUGGACAUUAUCCCGCUCCUUCUGUCCGAGCUUUGAUUUCUCAAAUCCUCAGCAUAGCAAAGCUGGUUCUUAUUGGCUUUGUGGUCAGUGGCCAUAACCCUUUUACUCUUUUCAAUAUGCCUACUCCUAAUUUUUAUGAAUGGGCUGCUCAAAAUAAGAUUUAUUCCUGUUUAAUGAUAUUUUUUAUCAGUAAUGCCAUAGAAGGACAGUUAAUAUCAACUGGUGCAUUUGAAAUUUCGCUUAAUGAUGUCCCCAUAUGGUCAAAAUUAGAAACUGGUCGUAUUCCGUCACCUUCAGAAAUGUUUCAGAUUCUAGAUAAUCAUAUGAGACUUGGUAACAAAAUGCAAUCCCAAUCAUAGUAAAUAACAACCAGCCAAUUAGAUGCUAAAGUUAUAAAGAGAACUGUCUAUAUGCUAUUGUAGACUGAACGUAUGAAAAAUCAAACUUAAACCAGCUAUCUGAGGGUUUGAUUUGGAGGAAUAGUCAGCUACAGUAGUAUGAUGCCACUUCCUGUACAUAACAGUAUUAUCUGAUUGACUGAAAAAAAACCAUGUGAUAAAUCUUAUUUUGAUAAAUCGUAGCUCAUCAUCUGUGUAUUGUUGAUAUUUUAUAUGUUUGUCCAUUUAAAUGUUUUUGAUAUUAGAUAAUGUAAUGCUGAUUCUUUAUUUCGUGUGGCACCACAUUU